GCAGUGUCAGUAUCUGCGGCCGUGGGGGGACACUGCAGCGCCGCCGGUCUCGGGGGCUCGUUACAGAGCGAGGAGUGGGAGCUAAUAAAGUGGCGGCUGCCGGGCGGCGGCGGCGCGCGGGCGGGAGAGAGAGAGAGAGAGAGAGAGAAGCGGGGCCUAACUGCUCGGGCGAUGCCCGCAGCGCUCUGACCGACCGACCGACCGACCGUCUGAGCGGGGGCUGAGAGAGGGAGGAGAGAGAGAGAGAGAGGGAGAGAGGGAGGGGAGAGACAACAUGGCAGCGAGCUGGCAGGACGUGUUGGCCCACAAGGCGGAGGAGGCGCUGGGCCGCCUGGAGGACGGCAUGUGGACCGGCCUGGGCCUGCUGCGCACAGGCCUCGGCCUGGAUUUGGGGCUGGAGCAGUGGCUGAGGCGCCAGCCGCCGGGCUCGGCCGCCUGGCUGCUGGUGGUGGGCGGGGCGGCGGCGCUGGGGCUGGCGGUGGUGCUGGUCGCCCUGUGGGCCUUCACCUGCGGCCUGGGCCGGCUGCUGGGCCUCGGCAAACGGCGGGGAGGCCGCGAGCAGCAGCAGCAGGAGGGGGAGGAGGAGGAGGAGGGGGAGGAGGCGGGGAGCGGGGCCAAGGCCGCGGCCCGGAGCCGGGACAAGGCCCCCGGAGACGGUCAGCAACAGCAGCUGAGAGGCGAGGAGCAGAGGAGGAAGAACCGGAGGAAGGAGAGACCAAAGAAAUCGCAGCCUAACGGACGUGCUGGAGCCGAACCAAUAGAAGAGGAAAUUCUUCAACAGAUUGAAAAAAACAUUGCAAAAAAAGUGGAUGCUGAGAGGAAACCUGAAAAGACAAAGAAAAACAAGAAGAAGCCAAAGGCAGAGGUGAAACAAGCGCAGGCUGUUUCAGGAAAUCGGGCUGACAGCAAAGAAACCGAUGAAGGCACUUGGGAGACCAAAAUCAGUAGUCGAGAAAAACGACAACAACGCAGACGUGACAAAGGAAUCAAUGAAACCUCCCCCGGGAUUCCAGUCUUCCUGCAGUUGGAUCGGAAACAGUUUCCAUGCCAACAUGUGACAGCCUCAGCUGCGCUGGCCUCUCGGAAAACCAAAGGAGUGGAUAAUACAGCCUCUCCUGGAUGGGGUGAGCUGUCUGCAGUGAAUGGGGGCGGCUGGAGUGAGGUUCCAGUGAAAUUGCCCGCGCAGAUCAGUGCAAGUAAGGAGGAUAAGUGGCGACCGAUGCCUCCGACCACUACAAAAGGCACAGAUCAGCCUGCCUGGGGACAGGAAGCCAGGGAGCCCAAUGCAGCCACAAAAGAAUGGGCUGUCCCCUUAGUCAGCAAGACUUGGGGAGAGCAUACACUUUUCUCCAGCAUUGGGGCCUGGACUGGUGUUGACGGACGGGUGAAUCCCACUGACCAGAAGCCUCCUUUCUCCAGUUUGGGGAUGAAGGCUGCAGUGACCGCGACCACCAGUGAAUCGGUCCCCCAACCAGGCACUACUGAGCUGCAGUGGGAAGCCAACCCAUCAAGCUCCAUUGACGAUGCUUGGUCUGGAAUAAAUGGAAUUUCAACAGCUGACCCCAGCUCUGACUGGAAUGCUCCAACAGAGGAGUGGGGGAAUUGGUUAGUGGAGGAAUCUGUUUCAACUCCACAGCCUGAGGAGACGGCAACAGAAGUUCAGAAGGUCUCCGACGAAGAAAAGGAGAAGGUGGACGCUGGCGCGCAAGGUUCGGCGAGUGGCAAAUCGAAAAAGAAGAAAAAGAAGAAGAAGAAAGGCGAGGACGGCAAUGCCCCUGCGCAAGUAAGCGUUUGUGACGCAGAGGAGCAAGAGAAGGAAGCCACGAAUGGAGAUAAAGAUCAACAUGUUAUACAGUCCCAGCCUGAGCAGCAGAUUGUUCUGCCUGUUGAGACUAUCUGCACUAGUGAAUCAGCUGAGAUGAGAGUCAGCACGCCACAACAAGUAAAGGCUGAGGAGGCACAGCCAGUCACCAUCGCCCAGGAGCCCGAUGCUGCUUCAGAAAGCUCUCCCCAGGGCAGCGUUUCCCAAGUGCCAGAUGCAUUGUCGGAUUUGGAACCGCCCGCUUCCACCGCUAAACACAAUAGCUUGCCUCCUUCACAAGUUAAAUCCGAAGAAAGCUGGGAGUCACCCAAGCAGAUCAAGAAAAAGAAAAAGGCCAGAAGGGAAACAUGAUUUUUUUUUUUUUUUUUGUAUCCAGCGGUCAAAUGUUACUCGAAAUG